UUCAAUUAAGCAAUUAGGUUUUCUUUUCUGCAUUUCUGGGAAAAAUCAAUUUUUUUUCAGUUUUCAAUUUCGUGGUGACCUUCACUCCAUCACUCCAUCAUCUUCAUUUCGGUGUCUGAACGAAAAAAACUCAAAAAAAGAGACAACCGAGAUUUCGAUUAAACAUUGAGUACGAUAGUUCGUGUUCUCCUUCAGUCCCUCUGGUACUCCGUUUGCUUACUGAUUUGAGUGGUUUGUGUUGCGUCAUUGAAGUCAAUCUCCAUUUGCACUUUGCACAUUUCCAUUCACCAGAAGCCGAAGCCCGAAGGUGUGUGCAGCUUGGAUUUUUUACGAAAGAGACAACGGAGAGGCUACAUCUGCAGUUAUAGUUCACUUGAUUCUACACCUGUAGUUUAUAAGAUACUAGAGUAACUUCAGGCACGAUAAAAACAAGUUCUUUAUCUACAAUUUCAUCAAUGAAGGAAGAAGAAGUGAACCGGUGCCAGAUUCAAGAAUGGUACCCGAAGUUUAAAUCUGUGUCCAUUAAAACCCUGAUUCACGAACUUCCAGAGUCUUUUGUUGAGUAUCUUCUGGAUGACUCUGGGCCUUUCGUCCUGCCUGCUUCUGUUUCAAACGAUGAUGCCCUUCCCAAUAGAAUCCAUAAUCCUUAUGAGGAAGAAGACUAUCAGGUAUCCGAAGGAUCUGGGGAUGAAGCUGAGCCGUCAUCUCCCCCUUCUUUUCCGGAACUAGAAGUAAAGAUUAGGGAAUCCAUUGAAUCCCUUGGCAGUGCAGUUUUUCCUAAGUUGAAUUGGAGUGCACCAAAAGACUCCUCUUGGAUUAGCACAUCUGGGACACUUCGAUGCGCUUCAUUUAGUGAGAUUGCACUCUUGCUAAGAUCAUCAGAUUCAUUGGUACAUGAUCUGUGUCAUGCAUACGAUUCGUGUAGUGAUAGAACCUUAUCAAGACCCCAGAAGUUCUUUCUUGCUCUUCGCAAGUGGUAUCCGUCUUUACGACCAGAGAUGGAUUUUCGAUGCUUCGUAUGGGGUCAAUGCCUAGUUGGAAUUUCUCAGCGUGAAGUCACAACAUUUUAUCCUGCUCUUUGUGAGAAGAAAGAUGAUCUAAAAGCAUUGAUUCUAGAUUUUUUUUUUAACAACUUGAGAGAGAAAUUUGAAUCGGAAAAUUACACAUUUGAUGUUUAUGUUACGGAGGAUGAGCGGGUAAAGGUUUUGGAUUUUAAUCCUUGGGGUGCAUUUACACUGCCACUACUUUUUACCUGGGAGGAAUUGGAGCAGAAUCUUAGAGAAGAAAGCGAUUCUGUGGCCUUCAGAAUUGUGGAGAGCCAGUGUGGUGUUCGACCAGGUAUAAAGACAGCCGUGCCAUAUGACUACUUGGAUACCAGUGAAGGGAGUGGUUGGGAUCAAUUUCUUAGGAAUGCUGAUGUGGAGCUGCAUCGACAAACCCGAGCACCUGAAGCAGGUGCUUGAGGAUCCGAUUUUUUUUUUUUUUUGAAAGUUUUGAUGUACUAAGUUAUGCUUGUUUUGUUUCAUAUUUUUCCUAUAAAUGACAUCAGUUACUGGUUUAUAUUAUACAGUCACUGAAGUAUUGCUCCAAACAAAAAAAGUGCAGGGUAAAUCUUUACUUGUUAUAAACCUUUUCUCUCUCCUUGGUCCUUCCUUUCUUUGUUAUUCCUCUGACUUGGGGGAACAUUAAUCCUUUAGACAAUGGAAAAUAUAUAUUGACUGGCAAAAUGACACUAA